GCACAAAAUGACAUUUGUCAGUAGUGACGCUUUAAAUCAAGUUGAUCGUUUAAAUCUUGUAAACCACAUUUACGAGUAAAUGGCAUUCUCGCUGCACAAAAUUCCUCAAAGCGUUAAAAAUUUCAGUUCGUUAUUUCCAAUAUUUAGGACACCUUCGAGAACUAAGCUAAAAUAUUAUACAUACAUUAACGAACCGGCACAAGUUAUAAAACAAAAACAACCCAAAUGGGUUACUGCAGAAGAAGCGUUUAAAGAUAUUCUUAAAUCAAAUUGUAUUGUAUCUAUUCAAGGAGCCGCAGCGACCCCUUCAGAAUUAAUAAACGCCAUGACAAAAGUUGGCAAAUCAAAGGAUCUUAAAGGUAUAAGAGUGUACCAUAUGCAUACAGACGGAUCUCUGCCAUAUGUUGACGCUUCUUGUGCUGAUAUUUUUAGGUCUGGAUCAUUUUUUAUGGGAGCUAAUGUCAGAAAAGCUGUCGCAGAAGGACGCGCAGAUGCUUACCCAAUAUUUUUAUCAGAAAUACCUCUUAUGUUCCAUAAGAAGAUUAUUGAGCCUGACAUAUGUUUGAUACAUGUGUCUCCACCGGACAGUCACGGAUUUUGCACUUUAGGCACAAGCGUAGACUGCGUACGAGCCGCAAUGACUGCUUCCAAAUGUAUAGUGGCUUUAGUAAACUGUCAAAUGCCCAGGACUUUUGGAGAUUCUAUUAUUCACAUAAGUCAUAUAGAUUUCGCCGUAGAGGCUGAUAGACAUUUGCCGAAUCAUGCGGCAAAACCACCUUGUAAAGAGGAGAUGCAAAUUGGAAAAUAUAUUGCCGAAAAAUUAGUAGAAGAUGGUGCAACAUUACAAAUGGGCAUAGGAAACAUUCCGGACGCAACGCUGGCAGCUUUAACCGGCCAUAAAAAUCUUGGAAUACACUCGGAAAUGUUUUCGGACGGUGUUAUACCACUCGUUGAAAAGGGUUGCAUCACAAACAACAAUAAGAAAAUCUUUCAAGGCAGAACAGUGGGAUCGUUCUUGACUGGCUCAGAAAAAUUGUACAAAUUUAUUGACGAUAACCCUUCGAUUGAGAUGUUAGUGGUUGAUUACGUAAAUAAUAAUAAUGUAAUUAAAGCGUUGCCCAAAAUGACUGCCAUAAAUGCGUGCAUUGAAAUCGAUUUGACAGGUCAGAUUUGUUCCGAUUCGAUUGGUACGAUGAUGUUUUCUGGAUUUGGAGGACAGCUGGAUUUUCUCAGAGGAAGUGCUGAAGCUUAUGAUGGAAGAGGGAAACCCAUAGUGGCCUUGCAAUCUAUAACAGGUAAAGGUUUAAGUAAAAUAGUUCCCAUUUUGAAACCGGGAGCUGGAGUUGUAACAACUAGAGGCCACGUUCAUUACGUAGUUACGGAAUAUGGAGUUGCUAAUCUCUUUGGAAAAUCGUUACGACAGAGAGCGCAUGCUCUUAUUCAAAUUGCUCAUCCGAAACACAGAGAAGCUCUAGAUAAGGCCGCUUUUGAUCGUCUAAAGACAAAACCUUGCCCUUAAUAAUAAGUAUCAUCCAUUGUAUAUUUAAAAUAUAUUCAUUUAUUUAGUAUUUUGUUACUUAUUG